AUGGAUGUUAUUGGAAAUCUGAAACUUAUUGAGGAAAAAUCAAAAGAGAAAAGAGGUGAAAUUCAGUAUAGUUUAUUACCCAAAAUUACAGCACCAACAAUACCUAAAACAACAAAACCGACUUCAAAACAUUACAAUAAAUUAUUUACUAAAAAUGUGUACAGUUUGCUGGAAGAAUCUAUGGAUGUUAGUGAACCUUCAUCUCAACAUGGUAUUUCUCAAAUGCAAACAACGAGAAGACCUACUACUCCAAGACCAGGUACCCCUAUACUUCAAAUGGAAAGUAUAGCAGGACCUUCAUCAGUUCAAAGUCAUAUCAUUCAAACACAACAGACUUCGCAACCUCAACAAUCACAGCAAGCUGUAAAUGUUGUACCAAUGCAAAGGAAAUCAGAAAAAGGGAAACAACCACUUUCAAAGAAUAAACCAGUUUUGAUUAAAAGAAGAAGAAAAACCGAAGAUGAAGAUGUUCAUCCAAGUACCUCCAAAAUUCAGAAACUGAGUACCACAAUUUCAACAGAAAAGGAUGAAGACAGUAAUGAUGAAAUGAAUACACAUUAA